CUUGAACUUCUUGCUCAUAUCCUCAACUUCUUUGCUGUCAGCAUCCGUCAGACACUGCAAAUCACCGACCUUGACCUCCUUCGCAUUGCCCUCGCAGAGCUGGUGCACCACUGUCCGGAGCUGCUCCAACACUCGCUCCAUCGUGUCCUUGCUGACCGUCUUGGAGUCGAAACUGGCCAUCACGAAGAAGCCAUCGGAAGAAAGGGAGCACACCAACAUGAGGGCAUACGUGUUGAACUUAAGCGCUUCCUGGGCCGCCUCGCCAUCGCCCGCCGGCACCAACCCGUUGGCCGGUGUCUUGUCGUCAGCCUCGACCUCGCCAGCUGCGGGAUGCAGCACGAAACCAGUACGCAGCUCGCAAGCCUGAAGGGCGUCGUCGCUCAACUUGCGGAUGUGCUGAAGACCGGCAUGUUCGUAUGGGAUCUGACCGACAAUCUGCUCGGCAAUGGUCUGAAGAUAGUGCUCGACGGACGACUCGCGGUUGAUGGUGACCCGCACAGGAACGGUGGUGAUCAUGGGACCCUCGAUCUCUUCGACGCCUACGAUGGGGGCAUUGCGACCAGUCAGUGUCUCGCCGAAAACAAUGUCGUUAUUGCCGCUGCAGUACUGGGAGGCCACCAGAGCCCACGCCGCGCGAACCACGCUGGCAAGAGUGAUGGUGGCACCGGGCACCGAUGGGAGCUUCCGGCCAUCAAGCUUGAUAUCGACUUCGAGGAGGGAGUCGGCCUGGGUCUGGUAGCCCUCAAAGGGAAGACGGGGGAACUGAACACCCGUCGCACCGUCGAGCUGCUCACGCCAGUAAGUGUCGCAUCCUGCACGAUCAAGCCUGUUGUUGAGGUAGUCGAUGAAGUGCUUGAACUGGGCCGCUGGCUUUCUCGGAGCAACACCCUGGUAGGUCUGGUUGACACGGUCAACUACCAGGGGCAUCGACCAUCCGUCGUAGAGAGCAUGGUGCAUGGUCAGUACAAAGUGAUAGACGUCGCCCUCGCGGAUCAUAGCGUAGCGAACAAGCUUCUUGCCGAGACCCAUCUCCUCGUCCCGGUCGUCCUCGAGAUACCUGGCCAACGAUGACGCAGUGCGCCACUGGAUAGGCUCCCUGAUCAAUACUUGCAUGAGACCGUAGUCGGACACCUGAACGAUACGAGUGCGGAGGAUGGCGGAGUCGGCGGCGAUGGCCUCGAAGGCAUUCUGCAACUUCUUGGCGUCUUUGGCAUUGUUCAUCUUGAGCACACGCUGGGCUACAUAGGCCUCCUUGACCUUGGCAGAGAGCGCCAUCAAGGCCUCUUGGAGCGGUGUGCAGGGAUAGACAUCCUCGAUAUCGGCCUUGUCAACCUCGCAAAGCUGGCUGGCCUCGGUCUUUGCCGCCUCAGCAGACCAGGCCUUGUCGAUCAGGGAGAAGGGUGGGACGUCAGCAGCAGCACCACCGCUUCCAGCCUCUGCCUUCUUAGCAACCACAGCCAUAUCCCGGAGGACAGGGUACCGGAAGACAUCGGCAACCGACAGAACAAUGCCUUCAGCGCGAGCAGCGGGAACGAGUCUCAUGGCCCUGAGAGAGUCUCCGCCGAGAGCAAAGAAGCUGUCGCUAACAGUGAUGUCGGUAUGGUCCCCAAGCAACGACUUCCACACAGCAGCCAGUAUCCGCUCCAUCUCGGUCGAAGGGGCACCACCUUCGCUGCUCUUGUUCUUGCGGGCGCUGCCAGUGAUCUGCUCGCGCGUCAUGGCGCCUCCAAGCGCACGAAGCUUCUUGCGAUCGAUCUUGGCAGAAGGCAGCACUGGCAUGUCGCGGAGAGGGAUGAAUGCCGCGGGGACCAUGUAUCGGGGAAGGUCGACACCAAGCGCUUCCUCGAUACCGGUCAGGGCCUUGGUCAGUUCAUCAGAGAAGGUGGCCUCCGCUUCGUCACAUUUCUCGGUUGUGCCGCUCUUGCUGCGAGGCUCGGCCAAAAAGGCCACCAAAGUAGGCUCGGCACCCGCAGGCUUGAUGACCUCAGCAGCGAUCUUGACACGGCUUGGGAGGUGGUGCCGGAGAUGGUGCUCAAUCUCGACCAACUCAACACGCUGUCCACGGAGCUUGACUUGAGCAUCCUUGCGGCCGAUGAAGACAAAGUCACCAGACCCAUCAGCAUCGUACCGAACAAGAUCACCAGUCUUGUAGAGCCGGCCGGUUCUGCCAGGGAUCUCUUUGUGUCCGGCAACCAACCAUAUAGGGUCCUCAAUAAACACCUCAGCCGUCUUCUCGGCCUCACCCAAGUAACCAAGACCAACGACGGGGCCUUCCACCAGCAGCUCGCCGACUGAUCCGACAGGAACCAGACGGUCGUGGUCCUCGGGGUCGACAAUCCAGCCUACACCGCCGACACCACGGCCAAUGUUUCCGGUCGUAAACACCUUGCGCUCGUCCUUGUUCUUGGCAAAGGUGUUGUUGACAGUGCAGCCGACAGUGCAUUCGGAGGGGCCAUACGCGAUAAUGACGCUGGUCUUGCCCUUGCUCCACGCAGCCGCAUCAGAAGCCGAGAUGGCUUCACCGCCCAAUCCCAAGACGUCAAGCUCAGCAAUCACGGCGGGAUCGAGCACACGCGCAACACUGGGUGUCAUAUGCGCCAUGUUGGCGCCACUGGCCCUGAUGGCACCGCCAAGGUCAUUCAUGCGGUCGGCAUCAGAGGGGAUGCAGAUGGUGCCACCGACUGACAGAGUGCAGAGCAUGCAAUCGAUGCUGACAUCGAAGGCAUAACUGGCAAACUCGAAGCACUUGGUAGAAGACUUGUACCCCACCGCCUCAGCACGGGGAAUAGCACCGCUGGUGAAGUUGGCGUGAGAAACAACGACACCCUUGGGCUUGCCUGUGCUGCCAGAGGUGAACUGGAUGUAGAGAGGAGAGGUGACAGUCGGGAUAGUGGGCAAUGGGGGGAGCUCGCCCUCGAUAGUGGAGAAAGACUGGAACAGCUCCUCGUUCACCGUUACCACCUGGCUGCCAUCUUCAGGAACAAGACGCUUCGCCAGCUCAGUCUGAGCGGCGGAGGCAACGACCAGCUUGCCGCCGGUUUGCUCCACCAUGGCGCGCAGUCUGCCCUCUGGCUGAGAUGUUGGGUCCGUCAAGGCAAAUGCGCCACCAGCCUUCAUGAUGGCCAACAAAGCGACGAUGGUCCACCGGCACUUUUCGAAACAUAGCGGUACAUUAACACCAACUGUGAUGCCCUGAGAAACAAGGUAAUGCGCCAGGCGGGUAGACAUGAGCUCGAGCUCGGCGUAGGUCCAUUGGCCAUCCCACGAGGAAAGCGCAAUCUUGUCCGGGCGAGCGGCGGCCUGCUCAGAUAUGAUGUCUUGCAUCGUCCGGUCGAUCAGAGGGGGCAUUUCGGCGUUCCAGGCCCAUAUUUGGUCGAGGUCACGGCCGAGGGGCUCGAGGAGGGCCGAGAUGGGGGUUUCAGGCUGAGUGGUGAUGAUAUUAACCAGUUGAAUUAGGGUGUCGAGUCUGUCUCCGGCCUGCCGGGAGUUGAGGGAGUCGGGCUUUUCGGUGGUAGGGUAAACGCCCUCGAGGGUGAGGGCAGAGGCAUGCUUGGAAACACGGAGUUGGAAGUCGAAUUGCUGGGGAUUGUCAGUCAGUCGUGUUUCAGGGGGGGUCAAAAGGUGGAGUCCAUACAGAUGGUCCAGCCGUCUCUUUUUGGGGAAAGGAGGUCUCUCUCUCGUCAUUGAAGAAGAGGUAGAGGAGCCCUGGGCGGGCGAUGUUCUCGGUUGAGGUCUUGACGGCCUGGAGGAAGGUUGAAACAGACUCUGAUCGUGACCUGGUCAAUUCGAGACCGAGGGCUUUGAGGGAAAAGCGGGUGGAGAUCUCCGAUGGUGAGCCUUGCGACUUGUGGCCCCAGGAAAAUUGUUCUACUCUGUCGUCGUCGCCUCGUUGUCUUUGGAGGAAAGCACCCCAGGCGAGAAGAAGGGCGUCGAGGGCAGACUCUGAUUCGGGUACUGGUAGCGUCCUGGUAACAGAGUCUAGAGGAAUGGUCUGGGUGUCGAGCUGCAUAGCAUCGCGGCGGAGGCCACCCAGAAUGCCGGGUGCGUGCUGGGCGAGAUGCAUAUUGUCUGGUAUGUUAUGCCGAGCUGGCUACGGGAAGGGACACGACUGUCGGUAAAUUCCCGCUUUCUAUCUCUUGUCGAGAGGUUCUUUGCCGUGUCGUGGUAGCGUGUGGUGACGUUACAGGACAGGAUCAACGCAUGGGGGUGGGCAGCGGGAUAUCCCUUUCUGCUACUUUUUGUUCGAGGGAGAAUGCUGACAAGAGAGGUACAAUAAUCGGGGUGACACUCUUCUUGCAGUUCUUGAUACAGAGAGGAAAAAGGAAAGAAAUCAGGAGAGGGAAAGACCAGGUAUGACCGGCAACUUUUCACUUUGGUGAACCUGCAUCUGCUAGACUAGCGAAUCCAACCCAUCCAUGUUUGGAUAUGUAUGGGCGCUGGAUACUAGCCGGAAUGAUACCCCAUUCCCGGGUCUUCACUACUAGACCUUACGACAAGAAAUAAAAACCCCGCUCUUGAAGGGUCUGGGGCUAGGUUCAGGUUUGUUGGACAUUGGCUCGUGAUUCUCGAGCCCUUGAAUACGGCAAGAUGACACGCCGAUGGUCGGGACUAGCAACUACUUUCCUGGAUGCAAGACGGGAAGGAGGGCGCGGUAUCGACUCGACCGAUGAACCGAGAUGGCUUCCUCGCCGGCCUCUAGCUCCCUUCUGUCUCCGCAAGCGAGACUUGGCCAUGUGUGUGACCAGGUUCAUGGCCUUUUGCUCUCUGCGAACAAGUGGGUACGGAUCUGUGAAGAUGGCGUGGCCGGGCAUGUGGCGAGAGGGAUAUCCCCAUCCCAUCCCAUCCCAUUGUGCCUUGUUGCAGGCAAAGAUGUGCGAUGCCGUACGAGAAGGAUACAGGUAUGUAUGUACGUACGGUAUUAAACUAUAACAAACAGAAACAGGCAAAAAGGGGUUCAAGGUGAUGGUGUGUGUGUAUGUAGUAUGUGAUGUCACGCUGCGGAAGACAGUCGGCCGAGCGUUUCUCAUGAAGGGGAUUCCCUCAUCUGGAUGUGGCCCCGAACCAUUGACCAAUGCAGUGGGUGGGGGAAGGUGUGGCUUGCUAUUGCUCAUUGGAUGGGUGAGUAGAGUAGUGGUGGUGGUGGCAGAAGUCCUGUGCUCCCAGAACAUGUGGUAGGUGGUGGUGAUCAAGAAAGGGUGUGAAGGGAGGUGGGGUGAGGGGAAAAAAAACAUCAGAAAAAAAAGCCGUUGCUGAAACCCCGAUUCCAUAUCUCGACAGGGGUUCAGGAGAGCGUGUGGAGUGGAGUUUGGUCAACAGGGGGUCCCUGGACGAGGGACGGAUCAGAUAACUUUACUGGGCAUCGUGUCAUUGGGUGGGGUUGUGGCUCCAUCGAGGGACGUCAAUGCCGAGGGUUGAAGUUUUUGAGCGAGAUUUUUGAGAUUGGCGGGUUUGUUGGAGUUGGUUUUGAGGGGGAGUGCUGAUCUUGAGAUUCCUGCAGGACUGCGAUAUUGGAAGAGGUUCAAGGUGCGGUGAGUGUUUGGGCAACUUGGAGAUGUGGUUGUGUAAGUGAAAGGGGUUGGCUUUUCCUCUGAGCCAAGGAGGCGUCCUUAUUGCCGCCCGCUAUGAGCCGCACUUUGGGGGGUUGCUCCGGCUUCGGCUUCGGGCCAACACAACGCGGGUUUUGUCACAGCGGUGAUGAUAACACCGAGCAUUGAGUUGUCAAGAAUGAGAAGCCAGCGUUUUUGAGGCCGAUGACUUGGGAGCAUAGAGAACAAGACAAAUCUUGAAGUCAUGAGCUCCCUCCCCCCCCCCCACGCGAGUCCCUAGAAAUUGAGAUUGUGCAACCACGGCCGGUAGCCACUGACGAAAACAGACAUGGUGCUUGGCUUGCUUCUCAGACAAGAUAUUCAGAGAGGGUCUCGCUGCUAUUUAACUUUUCUUCCAAGGCCGCAAAGCCGCCCCUUCUUCCCGGGGCGGUGUCACGGGUCAACUCAGGCCACGGAGAAAAGAGACGAUCCUUCUGAUCGGGUUCUUCCCGAAGGAUUUGCCAUUUUUCUUGAGAUGAUGAUGAUCAUCAUCAUCACGCGGGCCCUGAUUCUGGAGUUUGAUGAUGCUUUAGGAAGGAGGGAUUCUCUCACGGCAGUCACGGCUACGUUACCACCCCUACAGCUGCUUGGUUGUUGUUGUUGUGUUGUUGCGAGAUCCAGUCCCACUGUCACUUUGUGGGUGAGUAGGUGAGGUCUCAACAAACCGGAAGGGAUUCCACCUAUGGAGUAUCCCCGCAAGCGUACCAUCAGGAGGUACCUACCUAACGUAGCGAUCAUCACAUCUUCAUCAUCCCGCGCGCGGCGGCGGAGGAGGUAGGUAGGCAUUCAUAUCGGCUAUGUUGACGCGGCUUCUCUGUUGGCGAUGCAGCAUCUUACCUCCGAGAUGCGGUAGUUUUGCGGCAUUACCCGUCACUAGGGGACCUGGAAAGGUGAAGUGAUCGGCACUGUACAUUUCUCUUGUCAGGGCGGCAAUAUGCCGUUGUGGGUUAUAGUAGAUGAAUUUGCAAACGCCGCUUACGUUUUGUGAGGUGCGAAAAGGGAUCUGCGGUUCGGUGAGGUUGCAUCAAGGUAACGUGCACACAGGAUAUGCGGCGGUUGCGGUUUUUUGAUGGUGAGGAAUGGGGUAGGUAGAGAGAGGUGAGACGAGUAAGACGAAUGAGGGCCUUGAUGGUCCGGGGGGGUUGAUAUAUCUUGUGCUUCUUGUCUGCUUUUGUCGCGGUGUGUUGAGUUGAGGGUGUUGUUGUUCUGUCUUAGUGUUUGUUAGUCUUAUACUUCACCUCGUGUUUAUACCUCUUAUACAUUCCUCCACCUAUUACGGUAAGAGAGACAAACCGCCCAAAAUGCCUUACCUCGUCCUCCCAGCCCUCAUCCCCGACAUCCGGCCCUGCUACGACGCCUACUUUGCCGCCUUCACCACCGACCCCUCCGGCUCUUUAUUGCUCGACAUCCUCUUCCCCUCGGGCGUCACGUCCGACGAGUUCCGCGAGGCGCACACCAACGGCACCCUGCAGUGGUGGCACACCUCCGAGACGCAGUACACCUACAAGUGUGUCGACUCGGAGACGGGUGAGAUCAUCGGCAUGGCCCUCUGCGACGUGUUUGUCAAGCCUAGAACAGAAGAGGAGCGCAAGAUGCCAGAGAUUGGGUGGCUUCACGGGGAGCAGAGGACACGGGCGGAGAGGGUGCUGGACGGGCUUUGGGGUGCGAGGGAGAGGAUUAUGGGGGGGAGGCCGUAUGUUUACAUCCACGCUUUUGCCGUUGACCCCAAGCACCAAGGCAAGGGAGCUGGCUCUACUCUUGUCCAGGCCAUUGUUGACCUCGGAAACACUAUCGGACUGCCCAUCUACCUCGAAGCGACGCCCACAUCGGAAAACGUGUACUUCAGAAAGGGCUUCAGGAGAGUCCCCGCGGAGAUAGCCCAGGUGGUUCACGAGGCGGCCGUGUUAAGGACCAAAGAGGACGUGGAGGUACCGCUCAUGGUGAAACUGCCGCAGGGUGUGUAUGGAGUCAAGGUUGAUGGGAGAAAGUUGGGGGAGGUGUGGGCGGAGUGGCAGGAGGAGAGGAAGCAACAGCAGCAGCAGCAGCAGCAGCAGCAGCGCCAACAACAGGUUCAACAACAACAACAACAACAACCAGACGUUGAGGUUAGACCAUAA